CGCUCCCCGACUUCCCCUUUCUCGGCAGGACCAGGCCAUGGAGAGCCAAAUCCAGCGGGUUCGCGACGCGUUCGCGUCCGGCCGGUCGCGCCCCGUGAGGUUCCGGCUGCAGCAGCUCAAGGCCCUGCAAAGGAUGGUGCAGGAGCGCGAGAAGGACAUCCUGGAGGCCAUCGCCGCCGACCUGUGCAAGAGUGAACUCAAUGCAUACAGUCACGAAGUCAUUACCAUUCUUGGCGAACUUGAUCUCGUGCUGGAGAAUCUUCCUGAAUGGGUUACUGCUAAACCGGCUCAGAAGAACCUGCUCACCAUGCUGGACGAGGCCUAUGUUCAGCCGGAGCCCCUGGGAGUCGUACUGAUUAUUGGAGCUUGGAACUACCCCUUUGUUCUCACCAUUCAACCUCUGAUCGGAGCCAUUGCCGCAGGAAAUGCUGUCAUUAUCAAGCCUUCUGAACUAAGUGAAAAAACGGCUAAGAUCUUGGCCGAACUCCUCCCACAGUAUUUGGACCAGGACUUGUAUGCUGUUAUUAACGGUGGUGUCAAAGAGACCACGGAGCUCCUGAAGCAGCGGUUUGACCACAUUCUCUAUACGGGGAACACGGCCGUCGGGAAGAUCGUCAUGGAAGCUGCCGCCAAGCAUCUGACCCCCGUGACGCUUGAGCUGGGAGGGAAGAGCCCAUGUUAUAUCGACACGGAUUGUGACCUGGACAUUGCCUGCAGGCGUAUAACUUGGGGGAAGUACAUGAAUUGUGGCCAGACCUGCAUUGCUCCUGACUACGUUCUCUGUGAACCGUCCCUCCAGAAUCAGAUUGUGCAGAAGAUUAAGGAAACCGUGAAGGAAUUUUAUGGCGAAAAUAUAAAAGAAUCUCCUGACUAUGAGCGGAUCAUCAACCUUCGUCAUUUUAAGAGGAUACUAAAUUUGCUUGAAGGACAAAAGAUCGCUUUCGGUGGGGAGACGGACGAGGCCACGCGCUACAUAGGUAAUGGAAAUUCACCUCUUGCUCUGGGGACACGGGCCGCGUGACAGUUUUCAUUGACUCUAUUUAUUGUCGCUGAAUAAGCUCUUAGAUACACAGUGUUUAAUAAGCGACGACACACUGUUUUCUGGUGUGCGGCCUUACAAACCACUCGGAUGGUUUUAUGUCUUUAUAAAUAACAGCACUCGUGUCACGCUGGAUUUUUGCCUUUACACGUUUUUUUGGUUUUUUUCCUUCCGGCAACCUGUAACCUACCACCCUGAGAAGCAAAACAGAACUCUCGUGUAAGUCUUUCUGGUUUCUGGCUGGAGGGACAGCCCAAGGAGGAAAUCAUUCUUCCACAAGUAGUGAGUGGCAGUACUAUUCCAGAAAGAAUGUUUUCUUGUUUUAUUUAUUUAUUUGUUUGUUUUUAAAGG